CCCCAUAAACCCAUAACCGGAAGUAGACUGCACAUGAUAAACAAGGCUAACAUUUACAAAGUCCAUAUCUUCGUACAGUUACAUUUAUAACUGAGCGUUAGCUUGACACUGCUAAGCUAACCCGGCGGUGAACGUCAGACGUCACCGUUAGCUGAGCCGUUGUGCUGUUAAGGUUUGGAUUCGCUUUAUUUGCAGACCUCGUGAGUCGAUCAGAGGCAAAAGUCCAUCGGUCGUCUGACAGAAAGUAGUGAAGAACCACUGCAGCCAUGACCAAGCACGAGUUUGAGGUGGCGAUGACAUGUGAGGGAUGCUCAGGCGCUGUUACCAGAGUCCUCAACAAACUGGGAGAUGUGAAGUUUGAAAUCGACCUGCCCAAGAAAUUGGUUUGGAUUGAGUCCGACAAAGAUGUGGAUUUACUCAUGGAGACACUGAAGAAAUGUGGAAAGGAAGUCAAGUACAACGGCACUAAAUGAAGGAACCGACUUCAUGUAGAGCUGAUGACAUGAAG